AUGUCUUGCCUGUGCGAUGUAACGGUAUGGGCUGUCGGAAAGUGAGUGCUGAGUCAUGUCGAGUUUGGCAUCUGCAACGCCUCGGUCAUCAAAUCGUGGCCAAAGAUCUCGACAACGUAGCAAAAUAAAAAGUGCUGGUGAAAUUUCAAUAGGAAAUCUCAGUGCAUUGCCCACACAGAAGGAUAAUGUCAACGCCGGCCAUCGACGUUUCAGUUCCGUCAGAACAGUUAUGGGCAUCAAGACGAAAAAAUCCCUCGACGCUCCACAGGAAUUCAAGAAGAGCAACUCCUUCAGCCCAUUGCCGUAUUUACAGGAGGUACAGUCGGAAACACCGUGGUUCCUGUCUCCUGAAUUGAAACAAGGUUUGCUGAAAGAUCUCAAGAGUGUAGUCAAACAUCAGGUGGGAUGCCCAAUUGGAACCAAGAAGGAGCUUGCAGACCUUGACUUGGAACUGUUGAACCAUGUCCAUUCUGUCUUGGCCAUGCCUAGUGCAGUUACGUCUAGUCAGAAGACAAUGUAUCAUCUGGAAAAAUGGGGAAAGUAUCAUCAGAAGUUGAUCGUGUCCAUUAUCAAUGGGAGAAGGCUGUGGUGUGGAAAGGAAAAACACGAUGCCAGGCUUGCCUGUAAGUGCCAAGUACAGGUGCAGCUUGAGUUAGUGGUAACUACACCAUGCUCCAACCAGCCGGACUCAAGCGAAUCCGAAUGUGCUAUAACUAAACUGGCUUCGAACAGCCAGACAGAGUGGAACAGCAGGCACGAGCUAUCGAUUGGAAAAGUGCAAGAUCUUUCUUUGUCUGUUAAGCUACUGCAGAAGAAUAGCAAUCUGAUCGGAAGUGCCCGCAUACCCUUAAAGGAUAUCCUUGUAUCCAGGUAUGAGUCCUGGAUUGAGCUGAAGACAGAACGGGACUCCUCUGUUGAUUCAAGUGGAGAGAUAAAGCUGUGCAUCAAUUAUGCACUGGAAAAGAUGCCAAAGGUACACUCUUGCAAGAUCGCCGAGGAUGUGUUUGAGCUGGCAGCUCAGACAUUUAUUUUCCAAGACUUCAAGUUUGUGUCGAAAAGCCACUCUCAGGCAAGGAACAGUGUGUCAGCUAAAGAAGGCAGGCCUAAUAAACUGACAGAAUUCUGUUGGGACGGGGAAUUGCAGGACCUCUCCAUGUAUCUUCUACUUCAGAUGCAGCAUCAGUAUAAUCUCAGUGAAUGCUGUGUCAAUGUUCGAUGCCUCUCUGCGGCCAUUAGCAUUCUCAUCAAGAUGCUGAGUGAGUACAGAGACUUUCACAAUCCGGCUUUGCCACAAGCUCGGAAACAGAAGCGUUCGCUGAGGAAUGCACAGUCAUGUUCGAACACACCAACGCCGUCAGAAGUGCGCAGUUUCAUUUCUUGCGUGGAGAGAUAUGCUGACAAGAUCUGUGACAAUGCUGUACUUGAUGAUAGUGAGAUGUCGCUUCUGAAUAAGUGUGUGAAGGCCUGCUCUGACAUGGCGUUAGACCUGAUAUCUUCCAACCGUUCUAUUUUCCCACCGACCGAAUCUUCCUCCUCAUCUGAGUUUCGUCUGAUUUUGGACCUUCUUAGCUUAUUGUCAAAGCUGUAUGGACUUCCAAGUGACGGUGGUAAAGCUCGAAGUCUGAAGGGUCUACAAGAGGAUAUUGUCUCUUCUCUUUUGGCAAGUGCAAAGCACUGGAGUAGCCAGUUCAACCUGAACCCAUUGUCUUCGCUGGCGAAAGAAGUAAUAGAUUAUUCUCAGUUGCUGGCAGUGCUGAAGGAGCUGGCAACAUUCGUCAGGAAAGUAGAUGGCAUACUGAAGUGCAACAUGAAGGAUCUGGAUGAUCUGUUCUCCAAGGUUGGUGUGUGCUAUAGUGAUCAAGUGUGCCAAUCCAUGUUUAGCCAGCUUCUUCCUGAGUUGGAAAUCGUCGAGCAAAUAACGGAAACCGUAUCAGGACAACUGGCCGAUGCAUCUACCGUGGAACAAAAUAGGGAUUUUCUAAAGGAGCUACAGAGCUUUAUGAUGACAUUAUCUAACCUCAACGAAUGUGCAAGCAAGUUUGUUCGACAAUCUACAUCUGAAUCAUGUCGGUCAACUUUCAUUCGGACGCAAGUAUCAAUCCAGAAUUUGAUAACACCUCUUCUUCCACUUUUUUAUCACGUAUGGGAACAUGAGACGAAAGAGUUGGUCAGAAGAACAUUGUGCUUGGAGAUGGAGUGGUACGGUACUCAAACACUGAGAAGUCUACUCAGCCUGGACGAAGAGGGUAUCGAUCUUCAGUCAGCGCUCGCCCUGCGUAAUCAUCUGGAAGCGGUGUGGAUAGCUCACAACAUGUUGUUGACGGGCAUUACAGCAAAGGAUAUUAUCCUGUAUGAUGGCAUGCUGGUUACGGUCUAUCUGAACUGUAUUGAAUACUACCUGGCUGAGCUUACAGACUACUGCCCAACCGAUAGAUCUUCUUUACACACCGGUGCUGGUGCUGACAUCAAUCCAGUACCACUGAUGGUUCUGAACAACUGGUCGAUAGCCCAAUCGAUCAUCAAAGACCUUAGCAGAAGCCUGUCAGAGCAAUUCCGCAAUAUUUUCAUCAACGAAAGUACCAGUGACGGUGUCUCUCCAAAAAGUUUGUUCACGUUUGGUCAGGAGUCGCUGAAGGACUUUCACGAGAGUCUUUUGCUGCAGUUUGAAUGCUAUCAGGAAGGAGAGACAAACCUUGUUGCCACUGUUUCCACCGUUAUACUACAACCGUUCAUCACACAACUCAUGCAUUGCGACCUUGCGGAGCAUGGAUACGAGACAUUGCAAGGAGCUAUGUUCAGCCUGAAAGUCCUGUUCCAAAGCUUUGAAAAAGUCGUGCAGCUUGAUACAACAUCAAAGUUAGUGGCCGCUAUGUUCUCCAGGCUUGUUGGUGCCAUAAAAAAGCAAGUCCUGUCGCGUCCUUUUGUAAAGCCAGCCUUCUAUCGUCGAUUGUUGUGGCAAUUGUCCAGUAAAGAGAAUAAGGAAACCAGCUUAGAACAACUCUUUGCCUCGCACACCAAAGAAGAUCUUCAGGAAUUGGCUGCUUUCAAGGAUCUUCAAAGGUUCCUGGGCAUAAGCGGAGUACCAACACCGGAGCUCAUCAGCCGGUUCUGGGAAAGAGAGGCUGCUAGUGUGCCUUUGCCGGACUACGUGACGACAUCAUUCCCAAUAGUAAUCAAGACCAGCUACAAGAGGGUUGACUUUGUUCAGAUGGAUAUAUCUUGCCAUUUUCCUGCCACUCUUCACAAUAGGAACACUGGACCAGGUUCUGUGCUCGAUCGAUUGCUGGAUUUCUCUCCAAUGCCACAUGACCAGGGAGAAGUGUUGAUGGAGCAGUUUUAUGUCCCAUUUCUAAACACGAAAGACAGCACUUACUCCUGUGAGGCAAAGCUACAUAGCUGGGACCAGGGUGUAGAUGGAUCACCAUCAACACUUUCACUAUGCUUUACUCAGCAAGGCAUAGCGGCUGCAGGUGCCUGCAUUCUCUUCCGCCUGUAUGACCGGCGCAAGCGGAGGUUCCACAGCUCUGAGGAGUACUAUGGCCGUGCUCUGCUGCCCCUUGCCUCGUUCUACAACAAGGAAAGACGCUCAGCGUUCACAUCACUAGAUCUUGUCUUCACUCUGCAAGAGGUGUCAGGUGGAGAAGAAAUUUUCUUUGCUCUCAAACACCGAGCUGAUGUAAUCAAAGGUGCAGGCCUUGUGUUCUAUACCACUGAGGAGAAGUUCCGAAACCUUGGACUUCAUGCCCAGCAGAGGCUAAUGAAGACAAGGCCAGCUAGGUGAGAGGCACUAUAGUGCACAUCCUAGAUUGCCUGACCCUUUGCUUGUCACUAAGUUACAUUGUAGGCCGUGAGCGGUCCUCUAUGUAACCCCAUAUUUUCAUAAUGAAGAGUGUAAUCACUCCGGAUCUAGACUCCCACAUCGAAGUAUUUGCCAUGAGAUUUAGUCUUCCAUAACCAGUGCCCAUUGGUCUAUAUUCUGUUCUGCUGUGACUGACAUGCAGCGCUGUAGAAUUUUCCUUGCCUCGCUUCUCCAAGGCAUAAUUUUAUAAUUUUAGUUUUAUGAGGAUCCCAUUAUGUGAAUCAAUCCUAGAAUAUCUAAAAUAUAUUGGGCCUUCGAUGGUUUUGUUUUAUUUAUAAUACCUUGAAAAACGAUUUCCUUUGUAAAGAUGAUUAUAUUUCUACAUAUA